AUGCAUAUAUUUUAUCUAAGUGAAAUAUUUAGUGAUAGUGAUAAUGAUAGUGUUACUGAUGAUGAUAGCGUUAGUCACAAUAACAAUGGCGAUAAUGAUAAUGUUAGUCAUAAUGAUAGUGGUAAUGAUGGUGAUAACGAUAAUGAUAAUAUCAGAGAAAGUGAUACUGCCUUAGUGCUUACAUCACAUAGUAUGGAGGAAUGUGAUGCGCUUUGUACACAAAUUGCAAUUAUGACAAACGGUGAAUUCCGAUGUCUUGGCAGUACGCAGCAUAUUAAGUCAAAAUAUGGUAGUGGAUAUAGCUUAGCAAUACGAUUAUACACAACUAAUCAAAUUGAAUCAGCAAAAGAAUUGAUAACAAAAAUGUUUCCUAAUGCUCGAUUAAUGGAUGAGCAUAUAUUACAUUUAAAUUAUGAAUUAAUGAUAGAGAAAGGACAGAAAUGGUCAAUGCUCUUUGAAAAAGUGGGAAAGCUAGCAGAAUUAAUAGAUGCAGCAGAUUAUUCAAUCAGUCAAACAACGCUUGAUCAGAUAUUUCUCGAUUUUUCACGAAAUGCAAGAACUGAUAUUGUUAAAUCUCAUUUCUGA